UUUCAGAUUAUGGAGCUCUGUGGUGCAACAAGACUUGGCUAUUUUGGAAGAAGUCAAUUUUACAUUGCUUUGAAACUUGUUGCUGUGGCCCAGUCUGGUCUCCCUCUAAGAGUGGAAAGCUUAAAUACAGUAAAGGACCUUCCUCUUCCCAGAUUUGUUGUGUCAAAGAAUGAACAAGAAUCAAGACACACAGCCUUGUAUUCUUCAGAUGCUGAUAAUCCACCUUCAUAUUCAGGUGUGAUUCCUCCUCCACCUGGCAGGAUACAAGUCAAAAAAGGCUCUGUGAGCCAUGAUGCAGUUCAGCAACGUACAUCAAAUGAUCAACAGGAGUCCACAUCUCCAGUUGUUUCACCACAGCAAUCCCCACCAACCUCUCCACAUACAUGGAGGAAGCACAACCGCCAUCCCAGCGGAGGGAAUAAUGAACGACCUCUUGCUGGACCUGGGCCUUUUUGGGCUCCAUUUAGUGAAGCACAACCAGGCUCAUCUGCUUCUAGUGAUCCCAUAUGGUCUGGCCAUUCACCACCACCGCAUCAAGAAAAUUGGGUCAGUUUUGCAGAUACCCCACCAACCAGUGCUCUUUUAGCCAUACAUCCUGCUUCUGUCCAGGACCAGACAACAGUACGAACUGUAGCAUCAGCUACAACAACAAAUGAAAUUCGUAGGCAAUCAAGUAGUUAUGAUGACCCCUGGAAAAUAACUGAUGAACAAAGGCAGUAUUAUGUUAAUCAGUUUAAAACCAUUCAACCUGAUCUAAAUGGAUUUAUACCAGGAUCUGCAGCUAAAGAAUUUUUCACUAAGUCAAAACUACCUAUUCUUGAACUUUCUCACAUUUGGGAACUGUCAGAUUUUGAUAAAGAUGGUGCACUGACAUUGGACGAGUUCUGUGCUGCAUUUCAUCUGGUCGUUGCUAGGAAGAAUGGGUAUGAUUUGCCAGAGAAGUUACCUGAAAGUUUAAUGCCCAAACUGAUUGAUUUGGAAGACUCAACGGAAGUUGGGGAACAGACUGGUGAGGUAGGUUACUCCAGCUCUCCAGCAGAAGCACCUCCAAGCAAGUCUCCAUCAAUGCCAUCCCUAAACCAGACCUGGCCAGAAUUGAAUCAGAGCAGUGAGCAGUGGGAGACAUUUAGCGAACGCUCUUCAAGCUCACAAACUCUGACCCAAUUUGAUUCUAACAUUGCACCAGCUGAUCCUGACACUGCAAUUGUGCACCCAGUUCCCAUAAGAAUGACUCCCAGCAAAAUCCACAUGCAGGAAAUGGAGCUUAAAAGAACUGGAAGUGAUCAUGCUAACCCUACUAGCCCACUACUUGUGAAACCACCUGAUCUCCCAGAAGAAAACAAAAUUAGUUCAUCUGUAAAAUUCACAGCUGCAAAUACAGUUAAUGGUUACAGCAGUUCAGACUCCUAUGCUUCAGAUCCAGAGCAAAUUGGAAGCACUGUAACGCGGCAACGAUCACAUUCAGGAACAUCUCCAGAUAACACUGCACCGCCGCCACCCCCUCCAAGGCCUCAUCCUUCUCAUUCUCGGUCUUCAUCUUUAGAUAUGAACAGAUCCUUUUCAGUUACCCCAGGUCAGCAACAGGCUGGAGUUGUUGCCUAUCCCCCUGCAGUGCCUCCAAGACCACAGCCUUCACAGGGUGCAGGUCCUCAUGUGCAUCGCCCAGUAGAUGCUGAAGGCCUAAUAGUUCAUACCAGUACCUCACCUCAACAAAUACCAGAACAGCCAAAUUUUGCAGACUUCAGCCAGUUUGAAGCAUUUGCUGUUUCAGGUGUAAACAAAGAGGAAGAUGAUGAAAUUGAAACACACUCAGAAGUCUUGCCGGUUGACAAGCCCUCUGAUUCUGCAAGUUCUCUUAGAGUUGCCAAAGCAGAUGGAAGAGCUGAAGACAAAGCACCUGCGAAUGUCCCCACAAGUGCGGGUAAAGGCACUACCCCACUUGCUCCACCACCAAAGCCUAUUCGCAGAAGAUUAAAAUCAGAAGAUGAGCUAAGACCUGAAGCUGAGGAACAUACACAGAAAACAGGUGUCAUAGCUGCUGUUCUUGCUUCACAGCCAUCUAUUCCUAGAUCAGUGGGGAAAGACAAGAAGGCAAUUCAGGCAUCAAUCAGACGUAACAAGGAAACCAACACUGUUUUGGCCAGACUGAAUAGUGAACUGCAGCAGCAACUAAAGGAUGUUCUUGAAGAGAGAAUCUCCCUGGAAGUCCAACUGGAACAACUUCGACCCUUCUCUCACCUCUAAGCCUACUGCCGUUAACUGUGAAUUUACUAAUUUUGAAAGGGGUAUUGGUUUCAAAGCCUAUUUAAAGAUCCAUGCAUCUAUCUCGGUGCACUCUAUUCUACAUUAAAUGUUGUGGUUCUGUUUUGUCAAUUUGUCCACUUUUGUAUUUAAGUGUUUUAAUUUCAGUACAGAGAAAAAAAAAAAAGAUCUUCUUCCUUGAAUGUGACACUGCCUCUCACAUCAUUUUCUGUGGUCAUCCGUCAUCAUCUUUGGACUUCAGUUUGCAGAGUUUGUCACCAAA